AUGCAUCAAGCUCAUACUUCAUUAUUAUGGGCCAAACCAGAGCCUGACACAAUGGGGGAAGAAGUUACCUCAGGAGGUGAAUUUGAGAUUGAAAGAAUGUCAAAUUGCAUAAUUGAAGCAAGUUCAAAAGACUUGUUAUUAUUGAGUUGGAGGACUUCUUCUAAGGAUAUCAAGAAAGAUGAAGAACUAUCGUGGCAUCACAGUUUGCGGCCAUCUGGAAAUGGUAGGGUUUCAUCUAAGACUGAUGGUGAUACUGAUUCCGAGUGCAAAAGUGGGAAUGCAGGAACUGAGUGGUACAAUCAUGUGGUGCCUUCUGAAACUUUGAGUUUUAAUGAACCAGAUGCUCCCCAGGGAGGCUAA